AUGGAUAAGCUGCCGGUAGAAAUCCUGUCUAAAAUCAUCGACUUCCUCGCCCCACGAGAGAAGGUCCAUCUCCAGUCUAUCUCUAAGAAGUUCUUUGAUCUCGCCCGCGAUAACAACCAGUGGAAAAUACACUGCUAUGAGCAGUCUUGGGCUGCACGGCGGGCUUCCCGCCCCGCUUUUCGUAUAUCGGAGAGCUGGGUUUCGGACGCGUCGACUUCGUUAACAACCCUCGGACAAGACCAGCCGCAGGAUAUUAUUCAACCUUCGGUUUUGGCGGAUAGUGAUGACGAAGACCGUGGACUUUCCUGGAGUGAGAGGGCUAGGGUAGCGGCGGAAUGGGAUACCUCCGCUGAGGGGGAGCAUGUCGAUUGGUAUUCGGAAUAUAUAGCUCGGCAAGGGCCCAUAUCGCUAUCAUGGAUUGAGCAACCUUCGAUCCGGAAGGAAAAUGGAAAGCAAGGACAAUCCUGUGAAGUCAAAGGCAUGGGAUUGCUGAAAGACUGGAGUUCCGCGAGACAAAAUAAGAUCGUUGCUCCUCUUGAAGAUGGCAGCGUUUGCAUUUGGGAUCUGAAUCACUCUCAUUAUGCUGCAUCACAGGCGAACAAGGGCAAGAUCCUUGGGGUCAGUGAACCAGGCAUCCUCAUGACUAACUUGUCCAGCCGUCGAGAGUCUUCUCCUUCAAAGUCAUCACUGGAGUUUAUCAAUCUAGGCGAGGGAGUGAGCGUGGAUUCUCUGCGACAAAGAGCCUAUUUGGCCAUUGGCAAUGUUCUCAAUGAAGUCGAUCUACAGACAUUACGAGUAAUAUCGCAGCAACGAUAUCCCUGGUCCAUUUUCGCUCUUUCCCAAGAAACAGAUUACUCAGUGCCUUUGACACUAGCCACCACACUCAGUCUUCAAAUCUAUGACUCCAGACUAUCAGCCGUGGAAGAAGAAGAGGCAAUCAGCUCGCGCUGCGAGCAAGUGGUCAGUCCCAUACCAGAAUUGGGCAUCUUCGCCCAUCCCGACUCGCCUCUUUUCCAACUCCAACCAAAUGGACAACCACCUACACGCAUCCGCAGCCCAGAACCUUCAGAAAAAGGAGCAAAUUACGCUCCGCUCUUCCAACCAGGACCCCUUUCCAUCUUACACCCACCAGCCCCUCAUGUGAAUACCAUCCUUCUCGCUGGUCGUUUCCCAAGCAUCCUAUGCUACGACCGCCGCUUCUUCCCCCGGCUCCAAACAACAGUCCAUUCAGGUGGUCGUCUAUGUGGUCUUGCAUCCGUCCCAGGACCCCGAUUCCCCGUGUUCUCAGACUCUACAUACCCAGAAUCGCAUUCCGUCGUGGCAUGCGGUGACUAUAAUGGACGAGGCUCGCUAGAACUGUACAACCUCAAAUCAGUUGAAAAAGACACCACGCCACCGCAUAUGACCUCUAAUCUCAAUUCAGAAUACAAAAACAGACAAAGCGCCGCAAGCUCAAAAUUGCUUUCUGUUGGCUCUCACGGGAACCGAAUCGUCUUCUCCGAUGCAGAAGGAAACAUUAAAUGGACAGAGCGGGAUGGCCGCUCGGAGGUUCGUCGUUGGAAUAUCAAUACUUCCCAGCCGCAAAUCGAAUUCGGCCGUCGAAAGCAGUCACUGCCACAGACAGAUGAAGAUGAAAAUAACAAUCAACAACCGAGGGGUCUCUGGCCUUCUCAGUCUCCCGGGAACCAUGAGGUGGCGAGAAAAAUUCUUCCCACGGGUGGGAAUCUCACUGGGGAUGAGCUGCUUGUUUGGACUGGGGAGCGGAUUGGUCGUCUUAAAUUUUCUAUUCCUAGGGAUUAUGAUAUGGGCCACGAGGAUGAGGGUGAUGAUAAUGAUGUCUUUAUGCAUGCUGAAGUUGAUGAGGCCACUCGGGAAGAAAUGAGACAUCGUAGGCGUGAUGAUUGGGAAAGGGAACAGCGGUAUGGGGAGUCUAUGCGUCUUGCUCUUGAGAGGCAGGCAGAUGAGGUGCAUUGGAUGGGUAGUCGGGGAUUUGGCCUAUAG